CGAACGUAGCGGUUUGUGCCACGCGACUCAAGACGGAUAAUCCAUUGGAUUUGAUUCGUUUCGGAUCGCCUUGCGCCUCAAAACUCGAAUCUGGAAAUCUCAAAUCUCUCUCUUUCUCUCUCAAUCAUAAUUUAAACUGAAUUCUGUCGGGAAAUCAUAUGGAAAUUGAUAUCGUUUGGCCAGAAGGCUUUUGAGAAAAGCGGUCGCGAUCGCGAUCGUUAAAUUGCAAUUGUGGCUGGCUCGUCCUGUACCGCCCCACGACGACCUGCCCCCCUGUCCCCGCCAGUCCAACCAGUCCAUUCCACCCCCUCAAAGUAUAACCGUUAAAGCGAAACCAAACCAACUACUCCUCUCCUCCGCCCCCCAAACAACGCCAACCUCCCCCGCCUUGCGGGAAAUUCAGAAAGCGUCGUGUCGGAAAACGCGUGCCGCCGUCGCCGCCGCCGCCGCCGCUGCCUCUGCCGUCGCCGCCGCCAAAUUGCAUCUGUUGUUUGUUGUUUUUUUCGGUUGAGUGUGUGAAGAGUGUGCUGUUCUAUAUAAACACACACACAGGCAAAUAUAACACAUAUAUAUAAGAUAUAUAUGUAUGAUUUUUUUUUUUGGGUUUUUCUCUCAAUUGACAAGAAAAACACGAAAACAAAAGAAGAGGAGCAGCGGGUAAUUCACAAGUGAAACGUAAACAAUGAAAAGUGAGACGACAGGCGGAAAAGUGAAUUCCAGUUGAGAAAGCAUUUGCAGUUUGCAUUUUGCAUUUUGCAUUUAGCAUUUUCCGAAGCGAAAGCGAAAAGCUAAGCAUACUUUUGAGCCUGCCCCAAUAACUCAAAACGCCGCGCCACAAGAAGGAAAAUCAAGCAGAGGAAAAAUAAAAAAAGAAACGGAAAAGUAGAAACCACAACGACGACGACGGGCCAAGAAAGGAAAAGCCAGCCCAAGUCCAACACCCUCUCUUCGAGGUAACUGCAACUGGAAUUAACACAAAAGCCAUCGCAAUUUAAUUCAAGUUCCUGACAACACCAACUUUGGCCGCCGUGCAGAGUGCUGAGGAUCUGAAAAUAUCUUGAAAUUUGGUGACCGAAACCAAGAUGUCGACACAUUGCCUAAUCUUACUGGGCAUGAUGUGUCUGCUGGCAGGCUACACGAACGGCGCCUCGAAGCGCUUCUUCACAGACUUCCUGCAGGAUUUGCCGACGCCAGGAACUGGUGGACCGACCUUCGACACAACCAUCGGAACGAAUAUAACGGGACUCGUUGGCAAGACGGUGAAGCUGACCUGCCGCGUCAAGAAUUUGGGCAAUCGCACGGUAUCCUGGGUGCGGCACAGGGAUAUACACCUGCUGACUGUGGGCCGUUACACCUAUACCUCUGACCAGCGAUUCGAAGCCAUGCAUUCACCGCACGCCGAGGAUUGGACAUUACGUAUACGCUAUGCUCAACGAAAGGAUUCUGGAAUCUAUGAAUGUCAGAUAUCGACCACGCCCCCAAUUGGACACUCUGUCUACCUUAAUAUUGUUGAACCCGUCACCGACAUCAUCGGCGGUCCCGAGCUGCACAUCAACCGGGGAUCCACCAUCAAUUUGACUUGCAUUGUGAAAUUCGCACCGGAACCGCCGCCAACCGUCAUUUGGUCCCACAACCGCGAGAUCAUAAAUUUCGAUUCACCUCGCGGCGGCAUAUCAUUAGUCACCGAGAAAGGUGUGCUGACCACCAGCCGGCUCCUGGUGCAGAAGGCCAUCAGCCAGGACUCGGGACUCUACACAUGCACCCCCUCCAAUGCCAAUCCGACCUCGGUGCGCGUGCAUAUCGUCGAUGGCGAGCAUCCGGCGGCCAUGCAUACGGGCAACAAUGGCAACUCUACGGCGUCCCAGCCGCCGGUACUGCUGCCAUUGGUACUACUCACCUGCGGCACGCUGAUGCUACUCCAGUUGGUGGCCUGCUGUUCCGCAGCCAUUACGGCCGUUGCUCUCGUCCCAGUUACGCCCCUUGGUCGUAGUAGCGCCCAGUCGAUAAGGAAGUUCAUCGAGGAGACGGCAAAGGGACAACGAGGAAGCAACCGAAACUGUCAGGAUUUGAAGGAAAUCGUUGAGGAUCUGAGCCGCAGACGGGUCGAGUGGAGUCCAGUGCUUGGGACAUAGCUCAUUGGAGGAUCGAGAACCGAAUCCGAAAUGCCAACAGGAAUCGCAUAUUAGGUUCAGAGUCCACAAUCCUCUCUUGUCCCCCUUGUAACUUUAAAAUCGCUCUGUAACUUGGUUCCCUGGAUUUCGGUUUUCGGUUACUAGUUGCUGGUUGCUGGUUGCUGGUUACUGGUUACUGGUUUCCGGCCUAUUCGGUUUCCGGUUUGGUCCUGCUCUCGUGUCCCACCUAUGGGCCAUACACUUUACUCCAAAACGCCACCCCAAACGAAAGGACUUUGUGAGCGGGCUGGAGCUUAUCCUGUUAUCACUAAAUUAAGUAGCCGCCAGACUUGGUCCGCAAAAGGAAAAAGGAAGAGGCGGCCCCAAAGAUAUAUACACAUAUUUAUCAGUUUUUUUUAAAGCUAACCACAGAUAGAUAUUGCAAGUUGCGGGGAUAAAGAAAAGCGUAACAAGUGCGGAUCCAAAAAAAAGGAAAAGUCAGCUAGAAAAAUGAAAGCAGAAAGCAGAAAGCAGCGAAAUGGGAGAGGUAAGCAGUUGAUGUUUCGUAAGUCAAGUCUGGGGUCAAGUCGUACAAGUUUUUUGGGAAGGGGGGCAGGUAGAAAGAACUAAGGAAAACACAUACAACCAUAAACACCCACACACACACCCAUACACACACACACCUUGUAAAUAACGCAACUCGCAGGAGAUUUCCCUCUUCCAUCGAUGGAAAUGGAAGUGGAAAUGUCGAGUGUAUGAAUUGAUCUAUUUAACUUUUCUUUUUGUUUUCCUUUUCGGCUCGUUUUAACUUUAACACAAACAUACACACCAACAUACAUAGACACCAACACGAAACCCAUUCUCUAGUACAAGGAUAAGCUAUAGGUGUCUAAACAUAUAUAAAUAUAUAUAUAUAAAUUAUAUAUAUUAUAUAUAAAUAGCAGAGCCAGGAGGAAGUUUUGAUGGGUAACCCCUUGCGAUUUGAGGCAAGUCUAUAAGAGUAUAAUAAAGAAUUUUUUUUGAUAACUAGCCAUAAGUUCAAGACUAUAGUAAAAUGUAAGCAAAGGGAAGGAAGGGAGAAAGGUAGAGGAAGUAGCUAAAAUGGAUGGCAGGUUAGUAGGGCGAUUGUUGGAGGAGUUCAAGGUGUAAAUAUAUAAAACAAAUCAGCAUAUAAUUAGUCUAUAUAUACAUACGUAUUUUUUUUUGUUUUUUUUUUGUCGGCUACUCCCAUAUAUGUAUAUCACAGAUCAGAAUAAUCUUUAACCUAUAUAUGUACGUGUAUAUAUAUAUAGGAAAUUUUUGAUGUGUUUAGGGCCUAAGGGAUAUUACUCAUUGUUGUAUGUUUGAUGGAAUGAUAAGGAAAACGAAGAAGAAAACACAAAAGGAAAACCAAGAAAAACCAAAAACAAAAUGCCAUUGAGAGCAGAUAUUGACAUAGAGAACUAACCAAAAACUAUCCAGUUAAGGCGCAUAUUGCUAAUUCAGCUCUCGAGUAUUUAAGUGUCUCCACUCACUUUCUCUCUCUCUCUAUCUAUCUCUAUCUAUCUAUCUCACUCUCUCUCUAUUUCUAUAUAAAUCUCAAACUGAAAAGAAAAACCAAAAAAAUUAAUGAAAAAGAAAAAGAAAACGAAAAAGGAAGUCAGAAGACAGAAGACAGCCACACAGUAACUGUAACUUUAAGCCAAGCUAGUGGAAAGAUAGAGAAAGAAAAGAAAAGAAAAAGAAGGAAAAUCAGAAGCAGAUCCGCGAUCCCACCCCAGAGAAAGGGUCUAACCCUAUCCCAGAAUCCCAUAAAACUCCCCGUAGAAAACUGGUGAUGAACACCACCAGGCAUGUACGUCAUUCUCAUACGUUUUCGCUCCAAAAAUGAAAAACCCAAGAAAAGGAAAAACCAAGAAGAUAAUAUUCUGAAUAAUCUCCAUACUAAACGUAAUUAAAUGGAUAUGAAUAUGAAUAUAUAUAUAUAUAUAUGGAUGGUACCACUUAGUAUGCAUAACUAUAAAAAUGAAAAACAAAAACAAAAUGAAAAUGAAAAUGAAAAGAAAAAGAAAAACCAAAAAAUGGGAUAUAUAUUUUAUGAAUGUGAUGACGUUUAGCAAAUUGAAACCAAAAAAAAAAAAGAAAAUAAGAAACUAUAUUGACAAAACCCAACAAACAAACUUAAGACCAACCGAAGAAAAUUCUGAGAAAAAUCAUGGAAAAUCAAGGAAGGAAAUCCCUAGAACGUUGAAGAGCUCCAAGUCCAAGGAUCAAUAUCAGAAUUAUCAUCCCAAAAACCAAAAUCAAACCAAAAACAAAACAAAAAUAACAGAAGAUAAAAUCAAGAAAAGAAUUUUCACCCUUUGCCCACGGUGGGGGAUCUCUGCAACCGCAUUUAAACUAAACGUAAAUGUAUUUGUAAAUGUAUCUGUCAGUAUUUUGAUUUUCCUCUCCAUCUAACCGCAUGCACUUAGUCCUUAAGCCGAACUUCUUACAACAACCCAGAAAGUACUAAUAAUAAUACUAAUACUAAUAAUAAUAAUAAUAAUACUAAUAAUGAAGAAGAGUGUUUAAAUGUUUAUAAGCAAAUUGAAUGUAAUUCAAUAUCAAAAAAAGAAAAACCAAAAA